AUGGCGUCCAGGGCCCCGGAGCCCCGCGCGGCCUCUGGUGGAUGCAGGAGCACGCGCUCUCCUGAUUACCAGGCCAGCUCUGAGGACCCAGGCCCGGGCCGCUUCCAGGCUCCCCCCGCCCCCAAGGCGCAGGCACCUUGCCGCCGGCGCAAUGUGCUCACUGAGCGGGAACGAAGGAGGCGGAUCGCAGGGAGCUGUGAGCAGCUGCGCGCCCUGCUGCCCUGGUUCGAAUGCCGACGGGAGGACAUGGCCUCUGUCCUGGAGAUGACGGUGCAGUUUCUGAGGCUUGUCCACAGGCUGGUGCCCGCCCAGGGGCAGCACGCGGCGCCUGACCCGUCCCCGGAGGUGUGUUCUCACAGGUGGCAGUGGAAGGCUGUGCGGGUGGUACUGGGGGGCCAGGUGCCUGCAGGCACACCGGACCCAGGGUCAGGUGCUCUGGGCCUGGCCAGGCCGCAGGAGCCCCCACGGGGGGCCCCCACCUUGGGGUUGGCUCAGGUACUGGGUGGGCCACCAGCCAGCCCUGGUCAGCAGGCGCCCUGUGAACAAGGCCAGGACUUUGCGUCUUUGGCCAGAGAACCCCGAGAGCCGAGCAUGCCCAGGGUCCCCGAAGGCCGGGCCCCAGCACCACUGUGUCCCCCCUGGGCCCCUCUCUCCCAGCAGCAGCCUUCUUCCCCACUCAGAAGUCCAGCAGCUCAGAGCUGGCCCAGCCCCGACAGGGGACCUGACACGGCCAUGACACCCACGCUGGAUGCCAGGACGCUGGCUUCCAGGGCCAGGGGCUGGGCUCGGCUGUGCGCGCUCAGGGUGGGGUCUUCCUCCCUGCUCAGGUCUGUGCCCGGAUGUGAAGUGGACGGUACAGCCCACCUGCAGGCUGCUAGCCCCGACUGGUGGCUGGGGUCCCCGGGGGGCCGAGGAGGCGGCACCCCCAUCCCGCUGGACAGGGCCGAGCUGGGCUCCCUGGCGGACAGCGGCCCCGGCUUCCAGGAGCUCCAGGAAAGCCUCCUGCAGCAGUGGGGCCCGGACCUGGGCUGCGCGGGCCUGGCGCUGCGCGAGGAGGCCGACAACCUCUUCCCCGACCUCUUUGCCUGCCGCCUGUUCCGGGUGACUGUGGAGCUCAUGGCCCAGAGGGGUGUCUGCUUCCCCAGCCACCUGCCCCGAGGAAAGGAAGCCCCUUCCAGGUCCACCCUCACUCGGGUGCGUGGGGGCCGGGGUUCCAGAGUCCAACGGGUCUCAGUCAUGGAGGAGGCCAGUGCUGGCCGCUGCCCCAGACUGAUCAGGGCCUCACUGGGCUUUGUCCUCUGCUCACCCCCUCUGAGACAGACCCCCCCAAGCCUUCUGAGUGAGUCCCAAUACCUGCAAGCCCCAUUCACGCAUUCUCACCUGAGUCAUUCAGGACUGGGUGAGGAAGGGGCGGUGCUGGGGGGCAAGGGUCCCCUGCUGCUUGAGAUGGAGCUGCUCCAGAGAGGGGCUGUCGGCCUAGACUACCCUCCCGGUUUCUGA